AUGGCCGCCCCCAUACCCGACCGCGUCUCCUAUGAGCAGGCGUGCGUGCUCGCGCUGGCGUUGUCGACCGCCUCGUGCGCCCUGUACCAGAAGGACCAGCUGGCCCUCGAGCUCCCCGCCGUCCCCGCCCGGUCCAGCACCGACAAGACCGUCCUCCUUUGGGGCGGCGCGUCGAGCGUCGGAUGCUGCGCCGUCCAGCUGGCCGUCGCUUCCGGCUACGAGGUCGUCACCGUGGCCUCGCCCAAGAACUUCGGCCUCCUGGAAACGCUGGGGGCUGCCAGCGUGUUCGACUACCACGCCGCGGACGUCUUCGAGGAGCUCGUUGGCGCCCUUGCUGGAAAGGACUGCGCCGGCGGGCUGGUCACCGUGCCGGGCUCCCUGCGUGACAACGAGGUGGGCCGCGCCGUAUACUCGGAUUUCCUCAGCAAGGCCUUGGCUGCCGGGUCAUUCGCCUGCGUCCCCGAGCCGUACGUCGUUGGCGAGGGGCUGGAAAGCCUGCAGAAAGCGUUCGAAGUAUGUAGAGAAGGGGGUCUGUCGGCAAAGAAGAUCGUGGUCACCUUAGCCUAA